CUGCAAGGUAAACUCAGCUAUACAUAGUAUAACUGCUUAGUAUUUGAUUUUAUGAGUUCCCAUUCAACUUAUUGGAAUGACAACGUUGGUGAUGCUUAAAUAAAUUCACGAUGAGGAUCAGAAGUACAGAACUCUUAUAUCUGCUUGCAGGCACUAGAAUAGCCGUAGCAUGGGAGCAUUCCAGUGAAGAUGAGUUUCGUCGAGCUAUAGCCGGUCAUAACCAUGCUUUAGUUGCCUUUAUAGAACCAUCAGCAGCUGCCAGCCAAGCUCUAGAGCCAGAAUGGACGUCUGCGGUGGAGUCAGAGAAGAAAUCUCUAAUAAGCGUCGACUGCGCUUCGGCUGCAAGCUUGUGUAAGGAGUUCGAUGUCAUCUCAUAUCCCGCCUUGCGAUUUUUCGAUGGCCACGGGAAGAUGACACCGUACCGAGGCCCUAGGAGGACAUCCUCGAUACUCUCAUAUCUGAAAAGGGCUGUGCGUCCUGCCACCACGGCCCUAGACUCUGAAAAGAAGACUGUAGCAUUCCAGUCUAGUGAUGACUACGCCGUCGUCGCGCGAAUAAACCCGCAAGACCAGCAUGUCAAGAUCUUGUACGAUACACUCGCCUCCCAGUACCGGGACCGCCUGUCCUUUGGGUCGGCGGAAACAGAUAAAACGACAACAGUAACGUGCUACAAUAACCGGGACAGCCAGCAAUUCACCAUUUCAGACUUAACGGCCAUCGACGCUCUGCCUCAGCUCAUUGAGAGUUGUCUCACACCCGUGAUCGGAGAGUUUACUCGGACGAACGAAAUGAAGUACCUGCAGUCCGGCAAGUCGCUCGUCUUCUACUUCUCCCCGUUAUUCGCGGAGCGGGAAGCGUACGUAGCGGCCAUGCGGUCCGUAGCUAAGAUGUACAAAGAGUAUCUAAGCUUCGUGACAGUAGACGCCAAUGAAUACGGAGACCUGGCUGCGCCCCUGGGCCUGAUGCCCGGCGUGUUCCCCGCGCUGUCGGUACAGAAUCCUAUGUUCGGCAAGGUAUUCCCGUAUCCUCGAGGGCGGGAUAUCGCGCCCGAGGUUGUAGGCGCGUUUCUAAUGGAUAUUAGCCAAGGCAAGGUUGAGCCAUGGGAUGGGACGAUGAGCACAGAUGGAGGGCAUGCACAUGAUGAACUAUGAGCUAAGUAACCAAGUCAACCAAUCCUCAAAUAAGAGGACAAAAUAGUGUAGCAUAGCUUAGCGAUAAUGGUGUAUUAUUUCCAUCCAUAAUACUCCAAAAUCAGGGGAACAGAAGUAAUACAUCCAUUAUCCAAGCAGAAGCUAGGUAUACGAGAAUAAUUCACAUUUCUUAGAACCCAGGUUCCGUUAAAUUCUUUACAAAAUUCAGAUUCCCUCCCGUAAGAUAAGCGUAAAAUACGCUUUACGGCAAGCUCAAAAAGAGCUCCAAAAGCUUGGGGUAGUCCGGAGUAC